AUGUUCGCUCGCGUGCAAUCCGGCGGUUUGAUAGCGAAGAUCGUCGGCGGGGUUGGCAUCACUGCAAGUGGUGCUGCCGCGUGUUUUGGGGGCGGGCAGCUCCUGCUGCAGGCAGGUCAGUACUUGCGAGAAGCAGAAGACCGCCGCCGCUCAGUGGACCGCCUGGUCAAGUCGGCCUUCUUUGCCGAGCCUCCCAUUGUGGAGAUUCCCCGCAAAGCUACUGAGGCCCAGCUGCUGUCGAUGCUGAGGGCCAAGGACCACAGCCCCAUCCUCGUAUGGGGGAACCACCAAGCCGGCAAAAGCCGGCUGUUGUGGAAAGUCCUUCACAGCAUGUCCCUAGACCAGGGCGUGCUGCAUCUGCAUAUGACGCGAGAUGAAGACCGUGCAGAAACCAUGCUCUGCACACAUCUGGGUGUGCAGACUGACGUGGAAGCGAUGGAGACGUUGCAUCAGGCGGCCGCGGCCCUGGGCCGUCUGCCCGUGAUCGUCGUGGAAGUCCCAAGGCAGAUCAGAAACGAAGCUGCGCUUCAAAGCUGCUCCACGUUCGCAAAGAAGUUUGCAUACGACGCGCAGCUGGCUGAUGUCGUCGUUUUGGCAGGUGCAGCUGCAACUGCACUGGCUUUCGGCGCCGACUCGCGAGAGAAGCGAGUCUUUCUGGCACCACUGAGCGAGCAGGAGUGCCAGCAGCAGGAGGUCCAGGAGUUCCUCAAGCACCACGGCGGAGACGCGGCUGUCGAGCACAAAGCUGACCUUCUGCAGCUCACGGGCGGCAAUGUGGGCAAGCUCGAGGAGGUCGCCAAGAAACUGAAGAUCCAGACCUUCGAGCAGGUCCGGCAGGAAGCCAUCGGCGAGCAGGGAAAGCAGAUCCUGCGCUUCCUCGGCAUCGACAUGCAGGGCGGCUUCGGGCCAGAAAAGGUCAAGGCCGCGAAGGAGGUGGCCCGCCGGGACGCCCCGUUUCACCAGUGUGUGAGGGCCGAGGAGUUCGAGGCACGUUUCACCAGCAAGGACCUAGCACAGGCGGUGAAGGCACGAGGUGCCCACUGCAUCUAUGUCAAGGCCACCACUAAGGCGGAGGAGCGGUUUUGCGCUGCAUCGCCAUCCGUGCACGCGCUGCUCAAGCGGAAGACCAGGUGGUUGGGAAUCUUCUGA